AUGGCAGAUUAUGAAACAUACACGUUUGACUUCUCCGACAACAGUACGGACAACCUGUCUAUCGAGUCUCCAGAUUUUGGGCUGGACUACCAAGAGCCAUGUGAGAGAGCGGUCAGCAAUGAUUUCAACAAGAUCUUCCUCCCCACCGUCUAUGGAAUUAUCUCAUUUUUGGGAAUCAUUGGCAAUGGACUCGUGGUCAUUGUGAUGGGCUACCAGAAGAAAGUGAAAACCAUGACGGACAAAUACAGACUGCAUCUCUCCGUAGCUGACCUCCUGUUUGUGCUCACGUUACCUUUCUGGGCUGUGGACGCUGCAAGGACUUGGUAUUUUGGGAGUUUUCUCUGCGUUUCAGUCCAUAUGAUCUACACGGUCAACUUGUACAGCAGCGUCCUGAUCCUGGCCUUCAUCAGCCUGGAUAGAUACCUCGCUGUGGUGCGUGCAACCAACAGCCAAGCCACGAGAAAGCUUCUGGCCAGCCGUGUAAUCUACAUCGGUGUGUGGCUUCCCGCUGCAGUCCUCACCAUCCCUGAUCUUGUUUUCGCUCGGGUCCGGGACACUUCCGAUCUGCAUGUCAAUCAGGACGAGAGCAUGGAAUCUUCUGACGUUCGCAUCAUCUGCAUUGGGGGGUAG